AAAAUCAAUUGUGCGCAGAUAACAACAAAAAGUGAUCAAAAUUGUCCAAACUUGUUUCAACAGCAAUUUUAAAGAAAAUAAAAAAUACAUUAAGUUUAAUUUAAAAAUAUAAUAAAAAAAAAAAACAGAAACAAAACCCAAAUCACAUUAAUUCGAACUUCUUAGCAACUGUGGCAUAAAUUAUGCAAAACUCAAUUCAAAUUGGCCGAAGAACCAAGCAGAUUCUAAUUGGCAUCCAAUAAGAAACGGCGACGCGUGCCGCGCAACCUAUUGGAAAAGUAAUAAAUAAAUAAUCCGAAAAUCACAAAAAAAACCCCUUUCCGUAUUUUGUCUCGUGACGCGUUUACAAACAUCUUUGGAGUCUUCGGCGCUGCUGCUGCUGUUUGGACCGACAAAGUGAACUGAACUGGACAACUGACCUUGACACUCACUUUUCUAAAAAAUAAAAAUAACAACCACAACAACAAAAAUCAGACAUAUAAACGAUACGAAAACAUUUUUUUCGGGUUUUGUGUGUGGCUUUAGCAACGUCUUCUUUCUGAGCCACGCCGCUGAGCGCUCAACAGUCUUUGGAGAUGAAGCAUACGAAACGGAUCGCGUUCGGCUUCAAUUUAAAAUUCAACUUGAAUUCAGUUUAGUUUCUCAGUGUGCGACUAUUACAUAAGUUUCUCAAGUGCAACUAGCUAAAGAAGAUAUAAUAUUUAUUCAAUUAUUACAUAUACAGUGUUUAAGCAAAUAGGCAAAGGCAUUCAUGCCUCAAUCAGCGCACAGCUGCAUAUUUUAAUACAUAAUUGCGCAUAAGCAAAUAGAAAGAAAAUUUACAAUAAAACAAAAGCAAACAAACAAACAGCUGCUGUGGCCAAUUGCUUAAGUGCACAAUGUUUUAUAAAAUCGUGUGCAGCCUGUGGCUCUGCCUCGCCGUCUUGACGUGCUCCAUCGACAGCAGCAGCAGCAGCAGUAGCAGCAGCUUCAACAAUCUGGCCGGCUAUGAAGGCUAUACCAAGUACACGGUGCAGCAUGGCGAUGAGAGCGCCUUUCAGUAUAUGGUCGAUCUGCAGACAAACGAUACGGAAGUCGAUUUUUGGCUGUUGACACGGAACAUGUCCGUCCUGACGGUGGGUCCCAAACGUAAGCCGCAGCUCGAGUCACGCCUGCUGGAGCUGGACGUGCAGUAUCAGACACAGCCACUGAUGGACCUGAUGGCAUCGCUGGAGGGCAACAGCACCUAUGCUGAAGAGGAUGAGUACGAGGAAUGCCAGCCCGGAGAUUGUGAGUCCGAUCGGCCGCACAGUCGCAAGCGUCGUCAGGCGCGCAGCUUCUUUUCGAGAUUUCCGCGCUAUCACGAGAUCCUCAACUUCAUGAGCAACCUGGCCGCACGGUAUCCCCUAUACUGUCGCUACGAGUCCCUGGGUCGCUCCAGCGAGGGUCGUCAUAUCGCGGCUCUAUCGAUUUCCCUCAACCAGCGUGUGCGUCCGCGUCGCGUCGCCUACAUACAGGCAGCUACACAUGGCCGGGAGUGGAUCACGACCCAGACGGUUCUGUAUUUGGCCUAUGAGCUGCUCACCAACUUGCGUGCCUUCCAGCGUGUGCUAAACGAUGUGGAGGUGUUCCUAGUGCCACUCGUGAAUCCCGAUGGCUAUGAAUAUACACAUACUACGGAUCGCUUUUGGCGCAAGAAUCGUCAUCGCUAUGCUGGCCUCUCGUGCACCGGCGUCGAUAUUAAUCGCAACUUUGGCAACCACUGGAACUAUCAGGGCGCCAGCCAGAAUCACUGCUCGGAGGUCUAUUCGGGCACCUCGCCCAACUCGGAGCCGGAAACAGCGGCUGUGGUGCGCUAUUUGGAAUUCAAUCGUCAUCGUGUGAAGCUCAGCCUGGAUGUUCACUCAUUCGGCAAAUUCAUUUUUUAUCCCUACGGCUAUGCGAGAAACACUGUGCCACCCACUGUGGCCACAUUGCGCUCGGUGGCGCUGAGAGCCGCCAACCAAAUCGGCAGAUAUCGCGGCACCCGCUAUACCGUCGGCACCUCAGCCUCCAUACUCUAUGAGGCUUCUGGCAGUCUGGAUGACUUUGCCUAUGGCAGUCUGGGCAUACCCUUGUCCUACACGCUUGAGCUACCCGGUGAGGAGUUCCAUGUGUCCCCCUUUGACAUCAUCCACGUCUGCAAGGAGACAUUUGCCGGCUUUAUCGAGUUCAUUCGGCACGUUAGCCUGUAUUAAGUUGUGCGGUCCCCACUGAACAUCUUUAGCAUUUAGCCAAUUGAAUUUAUAAUUUUUAAUUAAACUAAUUAUUGUCGUCGUUAUUAGGCAUUAAAGAUAAACAAAUAGAAAAA